AUGGAAAAGAAGAUCUGCUAUCGGCAACGAAGGAGAAAAGAAUUCGUCCACGACGAUUGCGUACUCGAGGACUCCCUGUCCCAAGGUGACUGGCACAUCGAGGAGGACCCAAACGUGGACUACGAGAUGCUGCUCAGAGGAUUACGAGCCUGUGCUGAACGUGCCUCGAAGUCGCGCACGACAAACUUGGAUCGAAUUUCGAAGACCACCAAGGAAUUGUUAGGAAGAAGAAGGGCUUUGAGGCUUGAUCCGAAUGCAUCGCACAUUGAGCGGUUAGUAGCAAACACUAGCUGCAGAAAAGCGUUGCAGGAGGAUCUUUCGAAGUACAGGCAGAAGAAGAUUCUAGAAGCAGCACAAAGAAGAACGAGUCUAAGGAAGUGCCGCAGGGAUCUCCGCGAAUAUAAUAUUCCGCUAGCAGCCUUGCUGAGCAAAGACGGAACUCGCACCUCUUCUCGUCGUGAGAAGGAAAUCAUUACGGAGAGGUUCUACUCGAACCUUUUUUGUUCAUCAACUCCUGUGUCAAGCCCGAUCAUCACUGGUGAAGCUCCACCACGGAUUCUAACUUCGGAAGUACGAGUCGCUGUCAAGAGCAUGAAACCUGGCACAGCCCCCGGUCCUGAUUUUAUAUCAGCAGACUUUCUUCGGGCUGGUGGCCAUCCGCUUCAUGUAAUCUUAGCAGCGCACAUGAAACCCUACCUUCAGAAAGAAAGGAUCCCAGACCAGAGGAAGACCUCGCUAACCGUUCUCAUCCAUAAGAAAGGUGACCGAGAGGACCUUCGGAACUACCGUCCGAUACGCUUGCUGAGCGUCCCAGCCUCAAGAGCAAGCUGGAUUCCACCAGGGGUUCAGCUACUUGGACCACAUCUAGACCGUGUCGAGGGUCAUAGAGAUUUGCCGAGAAUACCGCCUGCCCUUGUUCUAACCUUCGUCGACUAUGAAAAAGCCUUCGACAGCGUUGAAAGGAAUGCAAUACUGUCAGCGCUGGUCGAUCAAGGUGUGCACGCUUCGUAUGUGAGGACAUUAGCCAAUUGCUACGAUCGAUGCACGACGAAGAUACUGCUUUUGCACCGCCCUCUCACCAUACCCAUUGGAAAGGGGGAACGACAAGGCGAUACUAUACCGCCGAAGCUGUUCACGGCUGCAUUGCAAUGGAUAAUGAAAUCACUUCCCUGGGAAGAAGUGGGCAUACGUGUUGAUGGGAGAUUUCUCUCGAACCUUCGUUUCGCGUACGACAUCGUUCUCUUUUCGAGCAGUACCAAUGAAGCAGAAACGAUGCUCAACGAAUUGAACGAAGCAGGGAAGAGAAUAGGACUGCGAAUAAACAGAAAGAAGACACAGUUCAUGAAGAACGCCUACUACGAGGACGGAGGAGCACAACUUGAAGGCUCCCAUAUCGUGGAAACUUCGUCAUACUUAUACCUCGGACGUUCUAUGAACAUGGAAAACGACUUGGAUGAAGAACUGAAUAGAAGAAUGAGAGCAGCAUGA